AUGGAACAUUUAGAGGAACCUAUCAGAUUUCUUCUGGAAGAUAGUCCAUUGCAGUCCGAAGAGAGUGUUUGUGCAAGAGAUGGGUCAGCGAACAUGAAGGGAGAGCUUGCUAUCAAGAGGGAAACUGGAAAAUGGAAAUCAUGCCCCUUUGUUCUUGGUACUUUCUUUUGUGAACGUUUGGCGUAUUACGGGAUUGCUACAAAUCUUGUCACUUAUCUCACAACAAAACUACAUCAAGGACUUGUUUCUGCAGCAAAAAAUGUUACUACUUUUCAGGGAACUUGCUAUCUUACACCUCUUGUUGGAUCCUUCUUUGCUGAUGCCUACUUGGGAAGAUACUGGACAAUUGCAGUGUUCUAUGGAAUCUAUCUCAUUGGAAUCUGCAUAUUGAUCAUUUCAGCAACCAUUCCUGCAUUGACGCCAAUGGAAUGUGUGAAUUCUGUCUGUCCAUCAGCGACUCUAGCUCAAAGUGCUGUAUUUUUCUUUGGACUCUUUUUAAUUGCACUGGGAACUGGUGGAAUAAAGCCAUGUAUUUGGCCUUUUGGGGCAGAUCAGUUUGAUGACACGGAUCAUAGGGAAAGAGCGAGUAAAGGAUCGUUCUUCAAUUGGAAUUAUUUCACUAGUAACAUUGGUGCACUUUUAUCCGUCACUAUAUUGGUAUGGACUGAAGAAAAUGUUGGGUGGGGACUUGGAUAUGGAAUUUCUGCAUCGUUUAUUGGUAUUGCGAUCGUAAUUUUCUUUCUAGGUACACCAGUGUAUAGAUUUCAAAGGCCAGUGGGAAGUCCUCUUACAAGAAUUUGCCAGGUGAUUUCUGCUGCUUUAUUCAAGUGGAAAUUGGAGGUUCCUCCGGACAUUUGUCUCCUCUUUGAAAGAGAAAUGAAGAAUUCCUCCAUUGAAAGAAGUCAUAGACUAGAGCAUAGUGAUGGAUUGAGGUUCCUGGAUAAAGCAGCAGUGAUAUCAGAUGAAGAAAAAGAGAGAGCUGAAAUGACUAGUCCAUGGAGGCUUUGUACAGUUACAAAAGUGGAAGAGUUAAAGAUUUUGAUCCGCAUUUUUCCAAUAUGGGCAUCCGGAAUAAUCUUCUGUGCUGUUUAUGCACAAAUGUCAUCGCUGUUUGUUGAACAAGGGAAAAUGAUGGACACGACUAUUGCUUCUUUGAAAAUUCCGGCUGCCUCUCUUUCAACUUUCGACAUCAUAGCUGUCAUCAUUUGGGUUCCAAUUUACGAUAGAGGCAUUGUUCCAAUAGCAAGGAAAGUCACUGACAAGGUAAGAGGCUUCUCAGAAUUGCAAAGGAUGGGAAUUGGUCUUUUUCUCUCCGUUAUUUGCAUGUCAUCGGCGGCAUUAGUAGAGAGCAAGAGGUUGCAAAUGGCAAAAGAAUUUGGUUUAGUUGACGAAAAUGUCCCUGUACCAAUUAGUAUCUUAUGGCAGAUACCUCAAUAUUUCUUGCUUGGUGCUGCUGAGGUAUUCACCUUUGUUGGACAGCAUGAGUUUUUUUACGAGCAAGCGCCGGAUACAAUGCGCAGUUUUUGCAGCGCAUUGGCACUUUUAACAAAUUCAUUAGGAAAUUAUCUGAGCUCUUUGAUUAUCAUUAUUGUUGAUUACAUCACAACAGAAGAUGGAAAUUGUGGAUGGAUAACUGAUAAUUUGAAUGAGGGUCACCUUGAUUACUUUUUCUGGCUUCUAGCUGGACUUAGUUUCUUGAAUAUGUUGGUGUACAUUGUUUAUGCUAGACAGUACAAACAAAAGAAAGCUUGUCACAUGAGUCUUCCUUAA